UGUCACGAUGUCCCCUCUCCCUGAAAGCCCCGAGACGUCAAAAAGUUAGGCUAUGUUUACAGAAUUAAUAUUCCAAAUAAUGUAGCCCCUGCCAAAAUUUUCCCCAGUGCGCCUAAAAAUAAGUGUAUUUGUGAAAAUGCGGUUCAACGAUAGGGAGUUAGUGACAGUGGGUGAGAGCAAGCCAGACUUGGAGGGAAUCCUUCACCACAUGAAGCCCCAAGCCAACGAUUGGUCCGACUGGUACCAGCAGCCCUCAUUUAAAGAGAGACAUUUCAAACUGAUUGCGAAUUUGUUGUAUUAUUACCGGGUGAACGCCAGCGAACAAGAGCAGCAACAGCCCCUUGGGGUCCUAGUCUUAGAAAACGCACAAGUGGCUUACGAGAGGCCCCACAAAGGGAUUCCUUUCGCCUUUUCCAUCACAUUUAAAGUAAACGAUAAGUUUAAAGAUAAUGAAGCGAAACAUAUUUUUUCGUGUCGUUGCGACGCCGACGUAAACAAAUGGGUGUCAGCCUUGAAAAUGCACUCAUAUGAGUACUGGAGGUGCCAGUACAUCAUCCUCAAGACGAAAAUUAGCAUGAAGACGGGACAAGACCCCAUUUUGGACUACAUGAGGAGUAAGAAUCCCAGCGGCAGCCAGGCGAAAAAAGUGGAGGUGAAAAAAGUGAGAAACAAGGAAAAGAAAUCGACGUUUUGCAGUCACCUGGAAAGUUCCACCUUUUUUGAGAGUAGUUACACGGAAACCAAAGUUGUUACUAAAACGAGUAACAUUGCUGUGGAUAAUUUAAUAGAUUUGUAAUUAUUACCAAGAUCUCUUGCCUCAGGUCAGUGUCAAAAAAUUGUAGCUUUUAUUGUAAUAUAUUUAUUUAUUUAUGUAACUAGAUACAAAUCAAGGAACAAAACGACAAAUGCACUUAAUUUUGGCCUAACAUGACCAUUUGUACCUUUAUUUAUUGAAUAAAACUCGAUCCAUCAAA